GACCUCUGACAUGCUCGUCUCCUUGUUGCAGUCCACGCCCUUGGCUCCGCCGGGGUGACCACGCCGGCCACUGUGUGGUCGUACAAGAUGCCGGUGUCCGUGGCGGCGCGGCGGCCGUCCGCGCCCUCCUCGCCGUCGUCGCGCACCUCCGUGUACACCUCCUCGUACACGAGCACGACGUCGCGGUACUCGACGCUCUCCCGGUCGUCCGUGUCGUCGGCGCUCGACCUCAACCCGAGCCGCUACCUGAGUGACCGGCUCAGCUCCAGCUCCCUGUCCUCGAGGCCGGUCCGCCAUGGCAGCCACUCGGAGGACGUGCUGUCGCGGUACUCCACGUCCAGGGAGCGCUCCACCGAGCCACGGGCGUCCUCGUCUUCGCUGUCGGACAGCACGUCGGCGGCGGCCCGGUCCAGGGAGGGUUCUGUGAGCAAGACGCGACUCGGACUGGACACCUCCUCGUCGACCUCCACGUCGGCAGCCUCGUCCCGCCUGGAGGCCCGGGGUUCGGCGUACGUGGGGUCCUCCAGCACCAGCAAGCUUGGCCGUCCUCCGCUGCACUCUAGCCUGUCGACGGCGACCUCCGACGAUGUGGCUGCACCGCGGAGCACCACCUCUACGUCGACGUACACGCGCAGCAGGACCACUCCGGCCACCACAACCUCCACGAUGACGACCUCCACCGGGAAGCCCUUCCACAGCCGGUUCCUCAAGCCCAAGCCCGCCCCUGGCUCGGAGGACAAGCCGGCCGCCUCCUCGGCCUCGACCGGGGAGAAGACGUGCUCGUCGAGUGACAAGGAGCUCUGCCGCAACGAAGACGACCGCAACAACAACAACAGCAUCCUGAACAACAACAACCACAACAUGAACAACGGCGCGGGCGACGACGAGGAGGACGACAACGGCAACGAGGACCACCACCGCCGGCCCUCCGUGGCGCUGCUGCGUCAGAGGUUCGACGUGGCCGCCCCCGGCCCCGCCCCCAACGGCGGCGGCCCGGUCCCAGGCCCCGGCGGCGGCGCCGCCCCCGGGCUGCAGGACAAGGAGGGCCUCCAGGCGGCCGGGACGUCCUCGGCACCGCUGGCCGGUGGGCACGAGGACACCGCCGCCGGCCAGCACCGCCACCAGCGGCUCAGCGCGUCCCCGGGCCCCGGCGCUGGGGGCGCCUCGGGUCAAGCGUCGACCGUGCCCUCGGCGUCAGCGCCGCAGUCUGACUCGGUAAGUGUCUGCUGAGCGAUCAGGGGAGUGUGCUUGAGCCCUGUCCCACGGAGGGGGCCGGAGGGGACCCACCCACCCAUAUGAAAGAGUGUGUGAGUGAGUGAGCGAGUUUGUGUGUGUGUCUGUAAGUGUGAAAGAGAGAACGAGAGCGUCAAGGCGCGUGCGUGCGUGUGUGUUACUGCAGUAAAGUCACAGUCCCGGAUAGAUUUUCAGUACACAACGUCCUCACCCGAUACCGACAGCGCGAUUUUCUCGAGGGGGGCUUAACGACACGUUC